CACGUUUGGUAAACCAGAAAUGUGUUGACCGUCCUCUACACCGGAGCUUGUUGCGUGUGUGAGCCAAAUAUUUAGAGUAUUUUAACAGGAUGGAGCAGCGAUAACAUCUUCUAGAAGACCAGCCUGUGCUCGGCUGCUUGUUCCGCCCGCAGGGAUGUCAGUGAACCGGACGUUGCGCCUGUUUUCUCGGCUUCAUCGCCACCUCAACACCCGGACUGCUCGCGUCCCCGCCGGCUGCAGCAGGGCGGUCUCUGGUUCCAGGUUGCUGCUCCAGCUCCAGCACCCUCCGCCUGGCUCCGGGGUUUGCUGCAGAGAUGUUUCCUCUAGCAGCUCCCCUCCCAGGGCUCCGGACACCUCGCUGUUCGUCCCCGUCUCCCUGAAGACCGACGUCCCGGCCGAUGGGACCGUGGGAGCAGAGCUGACGCAACCGCUGGACAAAAAUGAGCUGCUUAAAGUCCUGAACAAGUUUUACAAAAGGAAAGAGAUGCAGAAGCUGGCAGCAGACCAGGGCCUGGAUGCUCGCCUCUUCCACCAAGCCUUCGUCAGCUUCAGGAAGUAUGUUCUGGAAAUGUCCUCCCUCCCCGCUGAUCUGCACAUCAUCCUCAGCGACAUCUGCUCCAACGCAGGUCACGUUGAUGACAUCUACCCAUACUUCAUGCGCCACGCCAAACAAAUCUUUCCCAUGCUGGACUGUAUGGACGACCUGAUAAAGAUAUCUGAUCUCAGAGUCCCAGCGAACUGGUACCCCGAGGCCAGAGCCAUCCAGAGGAAGGUGGUCUUCCAUGCCGGACCCACGAACAGCGGGAAGACCUACCAUGCCAUCCAGCGCUACCUGGCGGCUAAGUCCGGGGUCUACUGUGGCCCUCUGAAACUUCUCGCCCACGAGAUCUUUGAGAAGAGCAACACUGCUGGCGUACCAUGUGACCUGGUUACCGGGGAGGAGAGGACCUUCGUGGAACCAGAGGGCCGAGCAGCCGGCCAUGUGGCAUGCACCAUUGAGAUGUGCAGCGUCAACACACCCUAUGAGGUGGCCGUAAUCGAUGAAAUCCAAAUGAUCAGAGAUCCGUCCAGAGGCUGGGCUUGGACCAGAGCUCUGCUGGGCCUGUGUGCCGAGGAGAUCCAUGUGUGUGGAGAGGCAGCAGCUGUGGACUUCAUCAGGGAGCUGAUGUACACCACCGGAGAGGAGGUGGAGGUACACACCUACCAGCGCCUAACUCCAUUCUCAGUCCUGGAUCGUGCUGUGGAGUCUUUAGACAACCUGAGGCCAGGGGACUGCAUCGUGUGCUUUAGUAAAAACGACAUCUACUCUUUGAGCCGGCAGAUCGAGGGUAGAGGACAAGAAUGUGCCGUCAUUUAUGGCAGUUUACCUCCAGGCACUAAACUGUCGCAGGCCAAGAAGUUCAACGAUCCCGACGACUCCUGUAAGAUCCUGGUUGCUACCGACGCGAUCGGCAUGGGUCUCAACCUGAGUAUAAAACGUAUCAUCUUCAACUCUCUGGUGAAGCCCAAUGUGAAUGAGAAAGGAGAGAAGCAGAUGGAGACCAUCAGCACGUCACAGGCCCUGCAGAUUGCAGGUCGUGCAGGAAGAUUUUCCUCCGUAUUUAAAGAAGGAGAGGUCACCACCAUGCACCGAGACGACCUCCCUGUCCUUAAGGAAAUCCUCAGUCGUUCUGUAGAUCCCAUACAGACUGCAGGUCUCCAUCCAACUGCAGAGCAAAUAGAAAUGUUUUCCUAUCAUCUCCCUGACGCUUCGCUCUCCAACCUUAUAGACAUAUUUGUCAGUCUCUCCCAGGUGGACGGUCUGUAUUUCGUCUGCAACAUCGACGACUUCAAGUUUCUGGCGGACAUGAUUCAACAUAUUCCGCUCAACCUGAGGUCGCGCUACGUCUUCUGUACGGCCCCCAUUAACAAAAAGCAGCCUUUUGUCUGCACCUCCUUCCUAAAGUUUGCACGUCAGUUCAGUCGAGACGAGCCGCUGACGUUCGACUGGGUCUGCCGUCACGUCGGCUGGCCCCUGGCCGCGCCCAAAAACAUCAAAGACCUGGUUCACUUAGAAGCUGUGCACGACGUUUUGGAUCUGUACCUCUGGUUAAGCUACCGUUUCAUGGAUAUGUUUCCAGACACGGCCGGGAUCCGAGGAAUUCAGCGGGAGCUCGACGACAUCAUCCAACAGGGCGUCCGAAAUAUCACCCGUCUGAUCCGAGCCACCGACCCAAACGUCGCCGACCCGCUGCAGCAGCAGCAGCAGCAGAGCGGCGCGCCAGAGAGAACCGGCGCUGGAGCUGCCAGCAGCAGGCUCCCGAGCAGAAACAGAGGUCAGAGGAACUCGGCAGAGAUGAUGGAGAAGUCUCUGGCGAGCCGCCUGGUGAGAGAUGGACUGCUGACCCCUGACCUGCUCAGACAGCUGCAGCGGGAGUGGUCCAAGACCCAGAGGCAGGAAGGGGGCAGCCAGAGCGCCCUCGGUGCAGAGCUCCACAGCAAGAGCGUCAAAGGGAAGAGAACGAAGAAGAAAUGAAUGCUGGGAGUCAGCCAUCCUGAUCAUGAAGAACUCUUAAUGGAGAUUAAUAUAGCGCUGAAUCCAGGAGCACCGUUUCAUUCAUGGAGGGUGGGGUCAGGGUGGUGGGCAGGCUGGGGUCCUACGCAUUCUGUAAUAUGAUUUAUUUUCCUUCCUUCCUUCCUUCCACUGCAAAAACAGAACUAGAAAUAAGUAAAAUGUUCUUAAAAUU